AGAGAAGAUAGCAUCAUUGAUCCAAAACUGGUAAGGCAACACAACGAACUGGUAGGGCUGGCUGAAGAAGAAGAGAAGAUAGCAUCAUUGAUCCAAAAAUGUCCCAAUACGAGAGUCCUCCACCAAAUACACGCUCACGUUCUCACUCAUCCACACCUCCAACCCUCAACUUUCUCCUUCAUUCUAUCCAAAAUCCUCUGCUUCGUGGCUUACAGAAAUGUUCCUCACGCGAAAAGGCUCCUAUCCCAGAUCCCAAACCCUACCAUAUUCUCCUACAACACCCUCAUUAGAGGCAUUCUAUCACAAAACCCAUCUCAAGAACCAAUUUACUUGUUUAAAAAAUUGCUCCAGGAAAAGUUCCCCAAAUCAAACACCUUCACUCUUGCGUUUGUAUUGAAGUCUUGUGCAAUUUUAGCGGCUUUCAAAGAAGGGCAACAGAUUCAUAAGCAUGUAUUAUCAUCAGGGUUUGGUUCGAAUUUGUUUGUUCAGACCUCGUUGCUAAACUUUUAUGUGAAAUGUGAAGAGGUUGCUCCGGGAAGGAAAGUGUUUGAUGAAAUUACUGAUAAGAAUGUGGUGGCGUGGAGCGCCAUGAUUGGAGGCUAUUCAAGGGUUGGGAUGGUGAAUGAAGCUUUUGGGUUGUUCAGGGAUAUGCAAAGGGCGAAGGUGGAGCCUGAUGAGAUGACGAUGGUGAGCGUGAUUUCUGCCUGUGCAGUGAAUGGGGCUUUAGAUUUGGGCAAGUGGCUGCAUGCUUAUAUUGACAGAAAGGCAAUAAAGAAUGACCUUGAAGUCAGUACUGCGCUUGUUAAUAUGUACGCCAAGUGCGGGUGCAUUGAAAAAGCGAAGGAAAUUUUCGAGGUGAUGCCAGUUAAGGAUGCCAAAGCUUGGAGCUCCAUGAUUGUUGGGUUUGCCAUCCAUGGGCACGCAGAAGAGGCCUUGGAAACUUUUGCAAGAAUGGAAAAAGCUAAGAUUGAGCCUAAUAACGUGACACUUAUUGGUGUGCUAUUGGCAUGUGCCCAUGCUGGUCUGGCUUCUGAGGGGAAGAAGUAUUGGUCAUGCUUGCUUGAGUCUGGAAUUGAACCAUCUAUGGAGCAUUACGGCUGCAUGGUCGAUUUAUUGUGUCGUGCAAACCUGAUUGAUGAGGCUUAUAGAUUCGUUGAGAGCAUGCCAAUUGGCCCCAGUCCAGCAAUAUGGCGAACAUUGCUAGGGAGUUGCAAGAAAAACAAGAUGUUAGCCAAAGGCGAAAUUGUAGCAGAGCGGCUUCUUAAAUUAGAGCCACUCAAUGCAGAAAACUAUAUUUUACUCUCGAGUUUGUAUGCAGCAGGAUCAGAUUGGGUGAAAAUGAGCCGCGUAAGAAAACAGAUGAAAGAUAGAAGCAUAAAGGCUGUACCAGGUUGCAGCUCAGUUGAAAUUAAUGGUUUUGUGCACGAGUUUGUGAUGGGUGAUUGGUCUCACCCGGAAGCAAAGGAAAUAAAUGAAAUUCUAAGAGAUAUCUCUGUGAGGGUUAAUGGUACUGGGCAUGAGCCUUGGAUUGCAGCAGUUUUAUCUAAGAUGGGUGACGGAGAAAAACGUGAUGCUCUUUAUGAACAUAGCGAAAGGCUAGCCAUUGCUUAUGGUCUACUGAAGACUAGAGAGCCUGAAGUGAUUAGAGUGGUAAAGAAUCUUAGGGUCUGUGCAGAUUGUCAUGAAGUGACAAAGAUAAUAAGUAGACUGUACAAUAGAGAGAUCAUUGUUAGGGACCGGAUUCGGUUCCACAAGUUUGUCGAUGGAGCCUGUUCUUGCAGGGAUUUUUGGUGAAUUUCAUUGCUCGAUAUAUUUCAAGCUGAAAAAAUAAAAAUAAAAUCUCUUUACUGUUUCUGUA